AGUUUGACUUGGUUAGUUUUUUUGCGGGCUUGUUAUAACCAUCACCAGCAGAUGCCGGUGAUCCCCAUAACUUGUCCUGUAUGUCUCAGCACAAUAGUGCCAGAUGACAAUCUUAGCAACCCCGGAUGUGGUCACGUGUUCCACACAUCAUGCAUAGAAGAGUGGUUCAGAGUGCAUAAAUGUCGAACAUGUCCGCAUUGUAGAAAGACUUCACGCCUAGCGCAAUCACAUGCCAUAUAUUUACAAUUCGACGAAAACGCGCUAAAUGAAACACUUCCACGAGUUUAUUGCCACAGUGAUGAAGUAGAAUUAGUUCCAAAAACUAGCGCAGAACUGGAAAAGGAUAAUGAUAGGCUUAAACGCGAAUUGACCAAAGUGAAGUCAGAGCUGUCCAGUUAUAGUACUAAAAUGGAACAGGAAAAAACAUCGAGAGAGCAGACAAUUUCGUAUCUAAGCAACCAGGUAACUAACAUGGAGUCAAAUCUCUCUGAAAAAAAUGAGCAGUGCGCGUCUUUAACUAGAAAAGUCAGUUCGAUUAAUGAUUCGCUUGUGCAAGCUAGAAAUGAUGUAAAUAGAAAAGUAUUUAAGAUUCAGGAUUUAGAGCGACAACUUCAUUCUGCCAAGAGUCGCUUCGAAGCUGAAGUUGAAAGGCCCUGUUUGAUUCGUAGUCUUCUGAAUGCUAAAAGUAGUGAAAUAAGAGCAAAGGUGGAAAAUUAUAAGCAAAUGGGUGAUCAUGGAAUCCAGGUUUUGUCCGAGUUUGCUGUUGCCGCAGACAGCGAAGCCCGACGACUUAAAAACGAACUGAGAAACUUGCGCGUGGAAGUCGAAAUGUUGAAAGAGAAUUCGGAAAGUUCAAGACGAAGCAAUAUCGAAUUGACUUCACGAGACUUUCCUACUAGCAAACUUUCUUCGUUGAAACGCCAAUUUUCUGGAACAAGUACUUAUAAUUUGGACGAGACUCUUGAUCAUAGCGCUGAUUUGAGGUCAAAGGACUUGAAAAGGUCUGCGAAUGAAAACGCUCAUAGCAGGCUUUCAGAUAUUUUAUCUUCGGCAGAUGAAGGCAAAGAAAACUCAUUUAUCGAAGAGAUAGCGAAUGAACAAAGUGUGCGGUCAUCGUCCGGGUCUAAAAACAGCAGUCAGGAUCUUAAAGCCGGAACUUCUAAGGCAGGUGCUGUAAAGAAAAAAGCUUUCGUUCCGGUUCAUAGCGAUGACGAUGAUAUUUUGAUGGAACAAACAAUCAUGAUCGAAUCGCCAGAGUUUAGAAAUCCACUUUCAAAAGUCAAGGGAAGUCUACUCAAUCGAAAUAGCAGUAAACCCAAUUCCAAAGGCAUUAAAAGGUCUUAUAACGGACUGGGGUUCAGUUCUGCGCCGCUAUUCCAAAGAAGUAAUAGCUUUCGCAAGUAAACUGUUGCAAUACUGACACAACAAAUUUUAAUACUUGUGAUUUGAUUUUUGAAAUAGCGGUUUGUUAG